GCUUUUCGUCCGCUGCACCCCAAGCCCCAGAACACCCGCGUCCGCACACUAAGGGCACCACCGCUCUCCCACCUCUGCGCUGUCAGAUGUCAGGCGCGGAGGUGUUCUGGGCACCGAGGUGCUAGCGAACCAAACAAGUGUCACCCCAGACGCCUGCCCCCACUCCGAGAGAGCGGGCGGGACGGCCACAGGCUGGAAUACAGUGACGCGAUCACAGCUCACUGCUGCAGCCUCAACCUCCUGGGCUUAAUCAAUCCUCGCACCUCAGCCUCCCAAGCAGCUGGGACUACAGGUGAUUUUGAUAUGCUGCUAAGGUUUGAUAAGAGAAAUGGGAUUCAGAGAACAGAUUAUAUUGUUGAAGAGUUUGGCUGGAAAUGAUUCAAACUGAAACAUUGGCUCUUCCUGGGGUUCCAGCCUGCUGCCUUGACAGGAACUAUACCAUCAGCUCUCCUGGGUCUCUUACAUGCCAAGUCAUCCUGCAUAUCUGGGACUCACUCCAUAACCAGCUUGAUUGCUGUAAAUUGAACACAUCAGUGGCAGGGGCACCAGCUGCACAACCCUAGGAGCCACCAAACACAGUAUAUUCUACAUAAAUGUUGCUGCCAGGAGCCCCAGUUCAAACUACAAUAUGGAGUUUCACUCUUUUUUGCCCAGGCUGGAGUGCAAUGGCACAAUCUCGGCUCACUGCAACCUCCACCUCUCGGGUUCAAGCAAUGCUCCUGCCUCAGCCUCCCAAGUAGCUAGGAUUACAGAGACAGGGUUUCACCAUGUUGGAUAGGCUGAGCACCUGACCUCAAGUGAUCUGCCCGCCUCAUCCUCCCAAAACCCUGAGAGAUGGUUGGUGCCAUGUGGAAGGUGAUUGUUUCGCUGGUCCUGUUGACGCCUGGCCCCUGUGAUGGGCUGUUUCGCUCCCUAUACAGAAGUGUUUCCAUGCCACCUAAGGGAGACUCAGGACAGCCGUUGUUUCUCACCCCUUACAUUGAAGCUGGGAAGAUCCAAAAAGGAAAAGAAUUGAGUUUGGUCAGUCCUUUCCUAGGACUGAAUGUGAAGAGUUUUACCGGCUUCCUCACCGUGAAUGAGACUUACAACAGCAACCUCUUCUUCUGGUUCUUCCCGGCUCAGAUACAGCCAGAAGAUGCCCCAGUAGUUCUCUGGCUACAGGGUGGGCCAGGAAGUUCAUCCAUGUUUGGACUCUUUGUGGAACAUGGGCCUUAUGUUGUCACAAGUAACAUGACCUUGCGUGACAGAGACUUCCCCUGGACCACAACGCUCUCCAUGCUUUACAUUGACAAUCCAGUGGGCACAGGCUUCAGUUUUACUGAUGAUACCCACGGAUAUGCAGUCAAUGAGGACGACGUAGCACGGGAUUUAUACAGUGCACUAAUUCAGUUUUUCCAGAUAUUUCCUGAAUAUAAAAAUAAUGACUUUUAUGUCACUGGGGAGUCUUAUGCAGGGAAAUAUGUGCCAGCCAUUGCACACCUCAUCCAUUCCCUCAACCCUGUGAAGGAGGAGAAGAUCAACUUGAAAGGAAUUGCUAUUGGAGAUGGAUAUUCUGAUCCCGAAUCAAUUAUAGGGGGCUAUGCAGCAUUCCUGUACCAAAUUGGCUUGUUGGAUGAGAAGCAGAAAAAGUACUUCCAGAAGCAGUGCCACGAAUGCAUAGAACACAUCAGGAAGCAGAACUGGUUUCAGGCCUUUGAAAUACUGGAUAAACUACUAGACGGUGACUUAACAAGUGAUCCUUCUUACUUCCAGAAUGUUACAGGAUGUAGUAAUUACUAUAACUUUUUGCAGUGCACGGAACCUGAGGAUCAGCUUUACUAUGUGAAAUUUCUGUCACUCCCAGAGGUGAGACAAGCCAUCCACGUGGGAAAUCGGACUUUUAAUGAUGGAGCUGUAGUUGAAAAGUACUUGCGAGAAGAUACAGUACAGUCAGUUAAGCCAUGGUUAACUGAAAUCAUGAAUAAUUAUAAGGUUCUGAUGUACAAUGGCCAACUGGACAUCAUCGUGGCAGCUGCCCUGACAGAGCGCUCCUUGAUGGGCAUGGACUGGAAAGGAUCCCAGGAAUACAAAAAGGCAGAAAAAAAAGUUUGGAAGAUCUUUAAAUCUGACAAUGAAGUGGCUGGUUACGUCCGGCAAGUGGGUGACUUCCAUCAGGUAAUUAUUCGAGGUGGAGGACAUAUUUUACCCUAUGACCAGCCUCUGAGAGCUUUUGACAUGAUUAAUCGAUUCAUUUAUGGAAGAGGAUGGGAUCCUUAUGUUGGAUAAACUACCUUCCCAAAAGAGAACAUUAGAGGUUUUCAUUGCUGAAAAGAAAAUUGUAAAAACAGAAAAUGUCAUAGGAAUAAGAAAAUUAUCUUUUCAUAUCUGCAAGAUUUUUUUCAUCAAUAAAAAUUAUCUUUGAAACAA